AUGGAUGAAAAGGAGAAGAAAACGAUGUUUGAGGGUUUGUACGCCCUCGGUGAAUCCAGCGAAGAGGAGUGUGAAGUUGAACCGCUAGACACCGUAGUCCGCCACCAGUCCUCAAAGGAAGUGCAUGAAGCCCAGGAAGAGUCAUUCGCAGAGGAGAGCUCGGCUGGAAGAACCGCCCUAACAGUCACAAAGGCCCCAACGCCAUCUAAUCCGUCUGUUCCAUCUACUCUAUCGAAGUACCCAGGCAAGAUGGGUGGUCAGCCAGGUUCCAAGGUGGGAGGUAAGCGGAAACGAGGUGAAAGCCUCAUAUCAGUCCCUGAGGCCAAGCAAUUCUUCAGAGGGCUUGCAUUCUUCUUCUUCCCAAACAGUGACAUUAAUGGCGUGCGGAGAUUUCGAAUGCGAAAGGCUUUGGAAUAUGGUGCGGUUAGGGUCAUCGAUUCCAAAGAUGACACUAUUACUCACAUUAUCGUUGACGACUGGCUCGACUAUCAAGAGCUAGCAAAGUUUGUCGAUCUCGACGCUCAUGCAGAAAAGGUUGUCCUUGUCAACUCAAAUUACAUACCAGACUGCCUCGGGUUUUCGGCCCUACUGAAUCCUAACCAGCGUCAGUAUCGUGUGAAAGGCCAUCAGGAGGCUUUAAAUGCCAGGAUACCAGCAGUCGACAAUCACUCCAUAAAUCUGACAGAUGCAAAGCAUUCCAUAGAACAACAAGAGCAAGCUCUGUCUCAAUCGAACAGACCCGACAAGGUUUCUACCCUACAGAACAGACACCCACUCGAUGCAUUAAGUCUGGUCAUUGAGGAAGCUCGCGCUACCAAAGAUCUCCCGCUUGAUUCAGAAGGUGAAGCGGAUGCUGGAAAAGGGACGUUUCUAGAUAGCAGCGACGACGAAAGCCAGGAUGAACGAAGGUCGAAGUCAAGGUCAAGUGAACCUUCCGAUAAGAAGUGGCAGGACAAGUUCAGCUGCAUGUCCAAGAAUGACGGAAACCCAGACGGUGCCAAUCCCAAUGCUAGGACAAUAGAGGUUUUGCAACAAAUGGCCACCUAUUAUGAUCAAACCAAGGAUCACUGGCGCACAACUGCCUAUCGAAAGGCUAUUGCGCAAUUGAGGAAGCAGGAUGAGAGAAUCGUCACCGCAGCGCAAGCUGCGAGGCUUCCGUGGAUAGGUUCUCGUCUAGCAGCCAAGAUUGAAGAAAUUGUUUGCACCAACAAGCUACGGAGGCUAGAAAGCACCAAGCUCGAGCCAAAUGACGAGUCUUUACGAAUGUUCCUUAAAAUAUACGGUGUUGGAUACGCCCAGGCGCAAAGGUGGGUAGAGGAAGGUCUUCGCUUACUGUCAGACCUUCAGCAAAAGGCCUCCCUAUCAAGGAACCAGCAGAUAGGGGUAGCUCAUUUUGAUGAUUUCAACGCUCGUAUUUCGCGAGAAGAGAUGGGCCAACACGAGUCCUUUGUUCGCAAAUUCCUCUCUAAAGCAGAGCCCACUCUUCAAGUCACAAUCGGUGGGUCUUACCGUCGAGGUGCUGCAGACUCUGGUGAUGUUGAUUUCAUCGUAACCAAACCUGACGCUUCUAUCUCAACCAUACACAACAUCAUGGCUACUAGAAUUAUUCCCGCUUUGACCAAAGCCGGUUACAUCAAGACACCACUUGCCACAUCUAGUAGAGAAGAGGGCAGCAAAUGGCAUGGUGCCUGUACUCUGCCUCGAAGAAAAGAUGACAGCAGCACAGACUCCCGGCCGUGGCGUCGGAUCGACUUUCUGUUUGUCCCAUGGAACGAACUUGGGGCAGCUCUAAUCUAUUUUACUGGUAACGAUAUUUUCAAUCGGUCUAUCAGGCUGCUGGCAAGCAAGAAGGGAAUGAGGCUGAACCAAAGAGGACUUUGGAAGGAUGUUUUGAGGGGUCCGAAACGGCAACGAUUGACACAAGGUACUCUCGUUGAGGGAAGAGAUGAGAAGAAGAUCUUUGAGCAUUUAGGCGUACCAUGGCGCGAGCCAUGGGAAAGAGUCUGCUGA